UGUCUUUCUCACCUAAAAGAGAGAGAUCCCACGCCCCAUCAUAUUCAAGCAGGAGUGACAAUGAAAACAAACUUUUUUGGUACCCUGAAUGUCAACAUGGGGCUGUUUACUCUUAAUAAGACCCAUGGUAAGUCUGGUGCUGACCUGUCCGCACCCACCGGGAUCUCAUCUCCAGGCCCUGCUUCCUGUCCCUCUGCAGCUGCCACUGCACCAGCCUCCUUGCUCUGUUUCCACCCUGCAGGAGUGGUCUGCUGCUUUCUCCUCACUUCUUUGACUAUGGUGCUCUCUGUCCCCCUGCGCUUUGCAUCUGCCUCUUCCUGCUCCUUCAAGUCUUGGGUCAAAGGUUUCCUCAAGGUGCAACAGAAGUUCCAAAGUGAGACCAUCACCGAGGAGGAGCUGGUGGGGCUCAUGAACAAGUUCGUGGAAGACACAAAGAACAAAGUGCAUGAGAAGGAAGGCUGGCCCAACAGUGCGUAUGGGGUGACCAAGAUCGGUGUCACAGUCCUGUCCAGAAUCCACGCCAGGAAACUAAAUGAGGAGAGGAGAGGGGACAGGAUCCUGCUGAACGCCUGUUGCCCAGGGUGGGUGAGAACUGACAUGGCGGGGCCCUCAGCGACCAAAAGCCCAGAAGAGGGAGCAGAGACCCCCACCCCACCCACCCUGCUGGUGCUUGGCUCAGAAUCUGGGGGGCCUCAAGUACAGUUUAUCUCGGAGAAAAAACCCGAACAAUGGUAAACUCAACUCACCUCCAUCUGUGGUCCCAUUUUGUACCAUGGCCUGAUAUAACCCAAUUAAAGUGUC